GGGGAGGUGAGCAGCAACUAUUAAAAGGCAGAGGGUGGAGGUAGACAGCAGACUGUUGAGGAAAAGUGAGUCACACUGUGGAGGAGAGGAGAUCACUCAGGAUGCCGGAGCCAGUCAAAAAAGCAAUUUCAGCAUUUACCAAGAAACCAAAGACUCAGGAGGCAGCGGAGGGGUCUUCUGUGCUCUUUGAAGCAGAGACCGAGAAGCCUGACGCUAAAGUAAAAUGGCAGUGCAACUCAAAGGAAAUUUCCAGCGGAGACAAAUUUGCGAUCACGGCCAAUGGGAACAAGCACUCCCUUGCGAUUACAGAUAUAACCAAGGAGGAUGCCAGUGUCUAUGCAGUGAUUGCUGGGGGGUCAAAGGUCAAGUUUGAGCUGAAGGUCGUACCAAAGUCAGAAGCUCCAGCUGAGGCCCCUACUGAAGGACCCAGUGAGUCCAAGGUAGAACCAGAAAAGUCCCCUGCUCCACCUGCAGCAGCACCCGCAGGGGAUGAGACCGCUGCCCCAGGACAGGAUGCUCCUCCAGCUGAGGAAGAGCAGCCUCCAGACACCAGACAGGACCUGACUGGACUCUUCACAGAGAAACCCCAGAGCGGAGAAGUCACCGUGGGUGGAAACAUCACGUUUGUGGCUAGAGUAAAUGCUGAAUCAUUGCUGAAGAAACCCACAAUCAAAUGGUUCAAAGGGAAGUGGAUGGACCUCGCCAGCAAGUCUGGAAAACAUCUGCAGCUAAAGGAGGUGUAUGACCGCAGCACUAAGGUCUACAUGUUUGAGAUGCAAAUCAUCGCUGCCAAGCCGAACUUUGCUGGAGCUUACAGAUGUGAGGUUUCAUCUAGGGACAAGUUUGACAGCUGUAAUUUUGAAUUGAGUGUACACGAGGCUAAUGCUGCUGAAGGCUUCGACAUUAGAGCAGCUUUUAGGCGCACGAGUGAAGGCGGUAAGAAGAGAGGUGGACCAUCAACAAGUAGUACCGAUGGAAAGGAAGACUCAGGAGAGCUGGACUUCAGCACCUUAUUAAAAAAGAGAGACAGUUUCUUAAAAUCCUCAAGUCGAGCCGUGCAGGUGAGCACUGAGCCUGACUUGGACGUGUGGGGCAUUCUCUGCCAAGCUCCUGCAUCAGAAUACGAGAAGAUCGCUUUUCAGCAUGGCAUCACUGACCUGAGAGGCAUGCUGAAGCGACUGAAGAAGAUGAAGAAAGAACAGAAGAAAAGUGAAGCUUUCCUGAAAAAGUUGGAUCCUGCAUACCAAGUGGCAAAGGGGCAUAAAAUAAAACUGGCAGUUGAGGUUGCCAAUCCAGAUGUUGAGGUGAAAUGGCUGAAAAACGGACAAGAUAUUCAUCCGACUGGAAGCAAGUACAUAUUUGAGAGUGUUGGCAACAUGCGCUACCUCACCAUCAACCACUGCUCGUUGGCAGAUGACGCUGCAUAUUGCUGUGUGGUGGGGGAGGAGAAAUGCACCACUGAGCUCUUUGUUAAAGAGCCUCCUGUCACGAUUGUGAAGAAUCUGGAGGAUCAGAUGGUCAUGAACGGUGAGCGGGUGGAGUUGGAGUGUGAAGUCUCGGAGGAAGGAGCUAAUGUUAAAUGGGAGAAAGACGGCGUGGAAUUGACAAGGGACGAGUCCUUCAAGUAUCGCUUCAAGAAAGACGGCUGCAAACACAUUCUGAUCAUUAACGAGGCCACGAAAGAAGACUGCGGCCACUACAAGGUUAAAACAAAUGGCGGAGAGUCGAUGGCUGAACUCUUGGUGCAGGAGAAAGAGCUGGAGGUCUACCAGAGCAUCGCCGACCUCACAGUGAAGGCGAAGGAUCAGGCGGUUUUCAAGUGUGAGGUGUCCGAUGAGAACGUGAGGGGAACCUGGUAUAAGAACGGUGUACAAGUCAAGCCUGAUGCCAGGAUAAAUAUCACACAUAUUGGCAGGAACCACAAACUGACCAUUGAUGAAGUCAAACCAGAGGAUGAGGGGGACUACACGUUUGUGCCAGAUGGCUACGCUUUCAACCUUUCUGCCAAACUCAAUUUCUUGGAGGUGAAGAUCGAUUACGUGCCACGCCAAGAUCCUCCCAAGAUCCACCUGGACUGUAUGGGUCGCACCAGUGACUCAACCAUAGUGGUGGUGGCUGGCAACAAACUGCGCCUGGACGUCCCCAUCACCGGAGACCCUGCUCCCACAGUGGUCUGGACCAAAGGAGAGAAGGCUAGUUCUGUAACACCUGGUGGAGGAGACAAAGGAGGCUUGACAACCUGUUGGACCAUGAAGGAUGGGGAAGUCGUCACGGACGGAGACAGUAGGGUCCAUGUUGACACCACCAAGGGCCACUGCGUCUUCACCAUCGAGGGAGCUGAGAGGCAGGACGAGGGCAUCUACUCUGUUGUGGUGCGAAACCCUGCCGGGGAGGACACUGCAGAUAUCAAUGUGAAAGUUGUCGAUGUUCCAGAUCCUCCACAGGUUCCCAGAAUCCUCAGCGUGGGAGAGGACUCGUGCGUUGUCCAGUGGGAUCCCCCUUUGUUUGACGGCGGACAGCCAAUCAUUGGCUACGUGCUGGAGAGAAAGAAGGUGAAGAGCUACAGGUGGAUGCGGCUGAACUUUGACCCUUACCUUGAAACCACCUAUGAAGCCAAGCGGAUGAUUGAAGGAGUGCAGUAUGAAAUGCGCGUCUAUGCUGUCAACAGCAUUGGCAUGUCUCGUCACAGUCCGGCCUCACAGCCGUUUGUACCAGUCGCCCCCACUAGUGAGCCCAUCGGACUGUGUGUCGACGACAUCAGCGACACUUCCAUCUCGCUGAAGUGGCGGCCGCCUGAGAGGAUCGGCUCGGCUGAGCUCGAGGGUUAUGGGGUCGAGUACUGCAAGGAGGGCACUGACGAGUGGAUUCCAGCCAUGCAGGGUCUGACUGACAGGACAUCGCUGAUUGUCAGGGGCCUCACCACCGGGGACAAGCUGCAGUUCCGUGUUCGGGCCUUCAACAUGGCGGGACCCAGUGCUCCCACUGCUCUGGCUCAACCCGUCACCAUCAGAGAGAUCAUGCAACGCCCAAAGAUUUGGCUCCCCAGGUCUCUCCGCCAGACUCUCAUCAGGAAAGUUGGCGACACCGUCAACCUCAUGAUUCCCUUCCAGGGGAAGCCCAGGCCAAAGGUGACAUGGAGCAAAGAUGGGGAGCCUCUAAAACCCACGUUCGCUAGUGUGAGGAACAGCGACUUGGAUACGAUCCUCUUCAUCCGCAAGACCGACAGGAUGCACUCUGGGAAGUACGACCUCCAGGUGCAGAUUGAAAACGUGGAAGACACAGCGUGUGUCAAUCUGCAGAUUGUCGAUCUCCCUGGGCCUCCCGAGGCUCUGAAGAUUAUGGAUGUGUGGGGCUUCAAUGUGGCACUUGAGUGGAAGCCGCCUAAGGACAACGGUAACUGUGAAAUCACUGGUUACUCCGUUCAGAAAGCUGACAAGAAGACCAUGGAGUGGUUUACAGUCUUCGAACAGUACAGGCGAACCAACUGCAUUGCGUCGGACCUCAUCAUGGGGAAUGAGUACGUCUUCCGAGUCUUUGCCAUUAACCAGGUGGGCCUCAGCGACGAGGCCUGCAACACGAAAGACAGCGCUUACAUCCAGAAAACAGGUAUCGCCUACAAGCCGCCCUCCUACAAGGACCACGACUUCUCAGAGGCUCCAAAGUUCACACAUCCUCUUGUGAACCGCUCCGUCAUUGCAGGAUACAACGCCACCCUCAGUUGCUCAGUCAGAGGCAUACCGAAGCCCAAAGUGACCUGGUACAAAAACAAGAUGGACAUCACAAAUGAAGCCAAGUACCGAAUGCUCAGUAAGCAAGGCAUCCUGACACUGGAGAUCCGCAAGCCCUGUACAUUUGACGGGGGCGUGUAUACGUGCAAAGCAGUGAACGACAGUGGAGAAGACACGGUGGAGUGUAAACUGGAGGUUCGCUCUCAAAUUGCUAAAGAAGAAAAGAAAAAUGAAAAGAAAAAUGAAAAGUAAGACGCUCAACCUGCUGACUGAAGAGAAGGUUGAUUUGUCGCCGGCCACGUGACUCCUGAUCUUUGACGUCUUUGUGUCACGUGAAACUCGUCACCUGCAUCUUCACCUGUUUGUGUUUGCACCAAGUCGUCAUCACUGCUAUGUACCACAUGUACCAGGGGCCUCAUGGUUAAAUCUACUAAAGUGUUAAUGUUUAUGUUUUAUUUGAAAAAUGUUUCAUGGUCUGUCGACCAUUUCAAAAACUGGAGACGGACAAUGGUGUGCGGUAAAUAUGGAUAAUGGACAGUAUUCAUUUAUGAUUUGUCCCCCAUGGAUUGUAGUGUUUUGUGUGAUUGGUUGGAUGCAUAAAAAAAGAAAAUGUUUCAAAAACACAAAA